UCGGUAUAACACCUCCUUCAUCAGACGCAACUAGUUAGCCCUGUUCUUCAUCAAGCUUUAGCGGGGAGGUUUAUCUCAUCAGAUUUGAACAUGUCUACCAGGACCCUACCGCUGCUCUUUAUCAAUCUCGGUGGAGAAAUGCUGUAUAUCCUGGACCAGCGGCUUCGAGCACAGAAUAUACCCGCCGACAAAGCUAAAAAAGUUAUGAAUGAUAUCAUCACCACCAUGUUCAACAAAAAGUUUCUGGAGGAGCUUUUUAAGCCACAGGAGCUUUAUUCAAAGAAGGCCCUACGGACUGUGUUCGACAGACUGGCCCAUGCAUCCAUAAUGAGACUCAAUCAAGCUAGUAUGGACAAGCUCUAUGACCUGAUGACCAUGGCCUUCAAAUACCAGGUGCUUCUCUGUCCCCGACCUAAAGACAUCCUGCUAGUCUCCUUCAACCACAUGGAUGCAAUAAAAGACUUUGUGAAAGAUGCUCCCGCCAUUCUGGGUCAGGUUGAUGAAACCUACCAGCAACUCAUAGAGAUGUAUACACCAUUGUCUAAUGGUGAUUUCCAGCUGAUUAGGCAAACUCUUCUUAUUUUCUUCCAAGACAUGCAUAUAAGGGUGUCUAUAUUCCUGAAGGACAAGGUGCAGAACUCAAAUGGCCGUUUUGUGCUUCCUACUAGUGGUCCUGUGCCCCGAGGAACCCAAAUUCCUGGCUUGAUAAGGAUUUUUAGCUGUGCUGGUGAGGAGUUGACCAGACUGCAGUUUCAUAACGGAGGAAACUAUAGCUCUGCACUUCGGGAAGGUUCUUUUGAGAUUUUUGGAGAUAGAGUUACAAAGCUUGGGACAAACAUGUACAGUGUAAGUCGCCCUGUUGAAACACAUAUGUCUGGCACAUCUAAAAGUUCUGCUCAGCACACAAAGGUCAAUGCUGCCCCAAACCCUCUGGCCAAAGAGGAACUAAAUCUGUUGGCCAGGUUAAUGGGAGGGCUGGAAGUUCAGAAACCAGGAAGCACAGACACUGGUUUCCGGGUAAAUCUAUUUGCCACGGAUGAAGAGGAAGAAGAAGCAUUAAUAUCAAGACCGGAUGAGCUUUCAUAUGGAGUCAUAAACAUCCAAGCAACGAAGGAUCAGCAGGCCAACGCAGAACUGGCCAAGAUCAUGGGAGAGUUUACAGAGUCUGGAGAUCAGUCUACAUGUGGCAGCAGCAAAGGGGACGACCUUUUGGCCAUGAUGGACGGUUUGUGAUGUGAUCACGCAGCCAGAAAUCCCAAAAGUAGGGUCUAAACUUCCGAAGAUCAGCCUGCACUGUGGUUUUAACCUGCAAAUAACCUGCAUCAAGCUCACAUUCACCCACAAGAAGUCGUUCUUGUAGUGAUUGUAAGGAGCCUAUGUGAGCAAAGGGCCGCCGUUGGUCAAGCGGAUGUGUUUUUGCAAUCAACAGGAAGAAAGUACUGUGAGGAAAGCUGCACUAAGUUGUUGUAAGUUUUCUGUAAACUUAGGAGAAUUACAUGUUUUUAAAGGAGAAACUAUUGGUUUGUAUGUAUGAAUAGAUUGAACAUGUGCUUGUUGUAAUAGUAUUUGAUUUUUCACACAGUCUAAAUAAAGUACACAUUCCUUUUAUUUCAUGCAUUAUUAUGUACUCUAAGUUAAGUGUCAGCAAUAGAUGUAACUCUAGCACUUUAUGACUGAUUUUAAAAUGCAUUGAGGGUUUGUAUUCUUUUUUUUUUUUUCUAAAACUAGUGCUAGUCUUGGGUUUUGGUGUGGUUUUAUUUUUAAUGAUUUUUUCAUAAAUACAGCCCCACUAGUAUACAGAAAUAUGUUCUGUUGUUACUUCUAGCUGGAUAUCUAACAAAUGCACUUUAUAGAAAUUUCAAAACUCAUUACAAUUUGUUGGUAUUCUGGAUGAAGUCAACUUUUAACAUUCAGUACAUUUUAAUUGGAUUAAGUUUAUUGUUCAGCUUUAGGAGGGUGCUGUUUUAAAGAUACUGACCGGUUUUAAUCUGAGGACAAAGUUUGGGUCAAAGAUUUAUACACUCACAAACAAAGCAUUAACGGCUUUAGGAAUGGCGUAGUAAAGGACACUGAGAUUCUGGAACAUAUAUAUAUAUAUAUAUAUAUACCUAUACAUACAACCCUUUGGAAACUGUAGAAUAAGAAAACAUGUAAUUUCUGUUGGGAAUAAUGGUCAAGUAUGGGUUGUAUAUAUUGUAUUCCCUGUACACUUUUGAUCUCGUUUAAACUCAAGAAAAUCUACAAAUAAUACAAGUUGUAUUAGCAGUGCACCUGAAAAAGGAGCAAUUUCACUAAAUUCCUAAAAGUUUCAAUAUGACAUUAAUUUCCUCAAUAACUAUGUAAACUUUUCCUCAGCUUGGUGUCUUUAUAUACAGAAAGGUGUUGUUUUAUUUCUUUUCUACAAGUCAAAAAUGACAUAUUUCUGGAAUUAGAGGAAUCCAAUGUGUCCUUUUACUAUUUGGUUUAAGCUCCUUAAGAUAUUUAUUAUGGCAAAAAAAUGUUUCGUCUACACAGUUUCUUCUACAGUAAAAUAGUUUAAAAGUUUAAUGUUUCAAAAACUGUUCCACUACAGCGUGAUGUAAAGUAAUGUUUAGAUUCAGCUCAACAAUGUGUUUUUUUGUGGGUUUCUUUUUUUAAAAUACAGAAAUGCAAUAUGAGAAACCGUCUUAAUAUGUACAUAUUUUUAUAGAAAAAUAUUUAUUAAA